AUGGCAAAGGUGAAAGCCGAGAAGAUCCAUGGAUUCUUGGGUCAAUUCGGCAUAGAAAUGGUCGAUUUAUUCGUCGGGCCUACGAAACAGCAAUUCAGAGUCCACAAGGCGCUUCUUUGCUCCCGAGUCGAAUACUUCAAACAGAUGUUCGACAGCGGUUUCAUCGAAGCGGAGGAGAAUUCGGGAUUCCUGCCAGACGAAGAUCCAAUUGUGUUUAGCUUGUUUCUUGAAUACAUAUACGGUGGAGGGCGCUUGGGACCGGUAGAUAUCGAGAGGAGCACGACAGCCACAGGACCGGUGAUUGACAGGAUCAAAUUGUAUGGAUUCGCAGAAAGGAUAGCGUUGGUGGAUUUGGCAGACUAUGUUAUGACGAACUUGGUUUCGAAUCUGGCUUACUAUGAGAGGACACCGAGUAAGGAUGGGAUGAGACUGGCAUACGAAGUGACGAAACCUGGUUCGCCUUUGAGGAAUUAUAUGAGCCACAGCUUAUACUACAUCAUGAAAUUCGAUGACGAGGAGAGCGCCUGGUCGACACGAACACUAUGCGAUACGCUCAAGGAGACUGAUGACUUACUGUUCGACCUCAUUGCGGUUACUAGGAAGCAUGAAGCAGCCCAGCCAGCCUCGACUAAAAGGUCUAUUGAUCCGAGAGUCGGAUCAAAGUGUCGAUGGCAUUCGCACCCAGAUGGAAAGCAUUGCAUAUUGCAGGGAGAGAUACUGUAG